AUCCGAUAAUUGGCUAUUUCGGUUGGAAUCGCGACUUUUUCUGGAUGCAAGAUCGCGGUCCAAGCCAUGUUGGCCGACGAGAACAUUGACCUCACCAAAGGUAAAAUCCAUUUGCAAGUGCCUUUACUCCGCGCUGCACUGCAAUAGCCCUACACCCAAGCGACGUUACUAUUUGAACCUCGUCAAGUUUUCACUUGUUCCUCCCGUUCGUGGCCCGUAAACGAAAUCACCAAUGUCGGCCCCUGCCUCCCGCCAAAGAUGGCUCGUGCCCAUCCAACCCCUCUUUCCGUUGAUGAUUAUCGGCGUCCUCGGUGUGACAAUGAGGUGGGGUGUCAAGAAAUACCAAGAGUAUGAGAACUGGGGAAAGCCGAAGCGCUGGAGCGUGGACAGAUGGGACAGGCGGAUGAUGGAGCGGGACAGCCGGCUGACUGGAAAUGUUAACUUCCAGCGGGCUGAGGUGGAGGCGCCGAAAGAGUUUCUGACCAACAGUGCUUGGGAGGUUGAGCGUCCUUUCAUGUAAACCACGUCGCUGGGGCUCUCGGAAAGAAAGUUUGUAUGAUACCGUUUGCGACAGUCCUGGACAAAUAGAUUUCCUGAUAGAAGGACCAUUCCUUGCUUCGGGUGACAUGUCUCGAUUUAAAUUCGGCCAUUGCACGGUUUCUUUGCAAUGGCAAACUUUUGGACAAAGCAGUCAGGGGAACAGUCUCUGUUUUAAGAGUCUAACAAAGAAAAGAGACACUAAUUACAGCACAAAUAAAUAAUUACAGAUCGUAAUGCUCUAGCGAUG